UCUGUGGGAGCCCGACCUGUUGAAGUGGUGUCUGUUUAACUUUCACUUUCAGCUUCGUCUAACCGUUUCACACCCCUUAAAGCCGGCAGACAACUAUUUUUUUUUUUUUUUUUUUUAAUUUUUCUAAGCUAACAUACUUAGUCUAUAAUGUGUUUAGCUUUGGUAUAACGCUAUUCGACAUAUGUUUCUCUCGGUUCAGAACAGAAGCAGCGAGAUGUCGCCGUCUUUGACAUCCAUGGUAUUGGCCGCUUGGUUGUGCGUUGUAUUGGCUGUCGUGUCCGCAGACUCAGAGACUCCACUCUACAAAAAGGUGGGCGAUGACGUUGUCCUCAAACCGGGUACUACCUCUGGCAUCAUCGCCAACAUCAUGUGGAAACACGGUCUUGACAUCGCCAUCCAGUGGGAUGGAACGGAAUUUGAAUAUUAUCGUCAAUUCAAAGUACGCAGUAGACUGAACACUACAAAUGGAGAGAUGACAAUCAUGGGACUGACUAAAAAUGACAGUGGAUUGUACACACCGGAAAUCAACGCCUUGGCCAAGAAUGCAAUUCGUCUCGUCGUCAUCUCUCCCGUUCCUAAACCCACUGUGAGUAAAUUGGGUAAAUCCUGUGGUGAUGAGGAGACCAGCUGUAUUUUGACCUGUGAGGGAAACACCACAGGCGCUGAGCCGGUCACCUACAGGUGGAAGUCAGAUAACAAUGUGACAGGUUCAUCUAAGGAGCAAGUCAUUAAUAAGGACAACAGCUGGGAAAUAAAGGAGUUCCGCUGUGAGCUGGAGAAUCCAGUCAGCCAGAUGAGCAGCGACCCUUUCUCCAAUCCUUUCAUCAAAAAACGUUUGAAUCCACCUGAAGGAGAACCAAACAUCUCCAAAGGGCUCAUAGUCUUCAUGGCUCUGCUGUUUAUUGUGCUGCUGCUGGUUGGCGUUCACAGAUGUAAAGCAGGAAUGUGGUUCUUCCAAAAAGAAUCCAUGCCAUGGCAAAAAGACUUCUGGUGGAAGCACGGUAGUACAUCAAGAGAUGCCGUAUCUAAUGGCACCACAGGUCAAGACAAGGGACAAAAAGACGAGGAAACGGCGAUGACGUAGGCGGCCAAACGUCAGUCAGAACAUGUCAGGUGUAAAACUAGACCAUCCGCGGUGAGGCUGAAACGUUUCAGGAAAUCUAGCAGUGGGAUCGGUCUAUUCUCUGAUAACAACACUAUUGUUGUCGGCUCCAAUGCCUCAAAUCUAUAAUUAAUAAUACGGCAAAGAAAAGAGUGAAAGUAUCUUGAGGCUAAUUUUCAAAAUCUCUAAUUUAGACACAAAACUGACCAAAAGUGGGUAUGAAAGCGUGUUAAAGACUAUUGGAAAGGCAUGUCUUUUUUUUUUUUUUUUUAAGACUGGCGUUCUGCUGCUCGUUUUUAACUAAACAUAUGAGUUUAGCCCCAGUAGCUAUUACCUGCUGGGAUCUACAUUAAGUCUUGUGUAUUAUAAGACACUAAGAAGGGAAAUAUUUAAGUUAUUAAUCAUGAUAUAAAAAAAACGACUACAGUUGCAGUGCAGAAAUGAAUAGCCCAGAAUGUAAUAAUAAUAAUAAUAAUAAUAAAAAAAACCUUUUAGACUUGAAACAGGUCUUCCUGACAUUUGUUUCUAGAUUUUCCAAAGAGGCGAUGUGGGGCCUCAAAGCUUAGACAGGAAAUAGCUCUUUCCUGUGACAGGCGGCGUCAGCGUACCUGACAAUGACCUCUAGCUCGUUAAAAACAAACAGGUCCAGUGUGGAUAAAUGCAGUCUCAUAGUGUUAGAGAAGAGCUAGGGCAGCGUGGGGAGGAACUGGACUGAAAACAAAGGGGGGAGAAAAGGAGACGCCAUUGUGUGGUCUGGGCCGCCAGCUCGACCAACAGGCGAGGCAUUGUUACAGUCGUUUACUGCUGACUCCUCAGCAACGGCUACUAGGUGUGUUGUAAAGAAAAUAUUGCGAGGGUUCAAGUUUCACAUUUGUAUUUUGUCAUGUUUCUGAUCACUUUCCCAGAUUGUAUUUACUCCUCUACACACAGUAUGUGAUUGUUUGUAUUUGAAUGUGUAUUCUCCUUUAAAUUGUGGGAGGACAGAGUUGAAAUGUUUGGUUUCGUGGCUUUCCGAUGCACUGUGUGUGUGUGUGUGUGUGUGUGUGUGUGCGUGCGUGUGCGUGUAGUUUUAAAUAUGUUGCACUUCAAUACAGCUAAAAUAUUAGGCUUUUGUUUACAAAAAGCCCAAUUUUUAAUGGUCAAUUUAGCCUUUGCGAUAUACUAACUGAGGACUUUCAGAUGAUUGCAAUGAAUUGUCAAACUCGUUUUUACUGUUACACACAAAGCAGCACUGCUUAAGGAUGAGUUGUGACUCCCGACAUUUUUAAGCUGUAAAAAGUCCUUAACGCUCCAAAGGUUCCACAAAAGGCACCGAGUUAUUCAUACCUUAGCUUUUGUUUUAGGAUAUACACAUUAUGUAUAAAUGAAGUGUUUUAUAUGGGCUCUACUUAAUAAAAGCAACAAAACCAA